GCCGGCUCCUUGUUCCAAUUUCCAUCGCCUUCGUUCUUCUUCUUCUUCUUCUCUCUAAUAAUUCUUUCCCUUCCAUCUCUCUCUCUCUCUUGUUUACAAAAAAUCUAAAGCUAUAAAACGCGAGGAGGAGAUUCUGCUCGUUUAUUCUUUGAUUCGAUCCGCACCCUGCAAUUCACGAAACCGAUCCCAAUCUCCAGUUCCCCCCUUGUUGAAGUUCUUUAGGUUUUGGAAAUCGAAUUGCAAAUUGCAAUGGAGAACAAUUACAGCAGCAGCAACACCGCCAAUUCCAAGUCAGGUCCAGAAGCAGAACCGAAGCCUAACGAGACCGCUACCGCGCCUGUCGCUAGGGAGCAAGAAAACCACCUUCCUAAAGACCCUCUUGUCCCUGCUCCGGUGACUAACGGAGAAGCUGCGGCGGUAGAUGAAGAUGGAGAAGCAAGCGACGUCGUGGACCUCGACGACGAAGAAGAAGAAGAGGAGGAAGGGGAAGAAGAAGACGAGCGGCAGCAAGAGGCGGCUCCUGCUCGCCAGUCUUCGACAAGGACUCCUUUCACUAAUCUUAGUCAGGAAGAUGCUGACCUCGCUCUCGCCCGCACCCUCCAAGAACAGGAAAGAGCAUACAUGAUGCUAAGUCGUGCAUCAAUGAGCCUAGAUGGGGAGACUGAAUGGGUAGGAGGAAGCUAUUUGGGAGAAGAUGAAGACGAUGACGAUUUUGAUGACCCUGAUGAUGUGAUUGAUGAUGAGUAUGAUGAGGAUGAUUAUGGUGAAAGUGAGGAGUUGGGUGAAGGUGGUGUUGAUGCUUUUGACGUCCAUGCCCAAGCUGAUGUUGAUGAUGAUGAACAUGGUGGUCCUAACCUUGAAGUAGAUGACCCUUCUGCGUUUUCAAGCGACGAGGCUUACGCUAGAGCGUUACAGGAUGCCGAAGAAAGGGAGAUGGCUGCCAGACUGCUUGCCCUUGCUGGGUUAAAUGAUAGGGCAGUUGAAUAUGUUGAACAGCAUGGUGGCCAUUCUCAGGAUACAUGGGAGGAAGUUGACCCAGAUGAGCUUUCUUAUGAGGAGCUGCUUGCUCUGGGAGACGUAGUAGGAACUGAAAGCAGAGGGCUAUCAGCCGACACAAUCGCCAACCUGCCUAGCGUGAACUAUAAGUCUGGAAGUAACGAGAGUGGAACUAGUGAUUCUUGUGUGAUAUGUCGGUUGGAUUAUGAGGAUGAAGAGGCCGUGACAGUGCUCACGUGCAAACAUUCGUACCAUGCAGAGUGCAUCAACAAUUGGCUGCAAAUAAACAAGGUAUGUCCUGUUUGCAGUACAGAGGUAUCGACGACAGGAUGAAGCCAGUCGUCCUAGCAUUUCUGAUAGAUUCGUCUGCCAAGAACAUGCCCGAAGAGCGGGAGGUCGGUAGAGCCUAGGACAUUUGAUACUGUUUUCACUGUAUAUGUACUAUAUGAUUCUGGGAUCUAGUUUCCGCAUGAGUCAUGAGACAACUUCUCCG